AUGACUAAGCCUAUUGAAACUUAAACCGCAAUUUCAUCCCAAUCCCUAAUCUCGAAUUUCCUAAUUUCGUUGAGUUCGAGUCACUGCAUCUCUACCAACCCAAACCGAAUCCCUCUUCAUUUGUGCUCUCUCUUGCAGCAAGGAACUUCGAUUUCUCGUCCUUGAGGUAUUACGAGUUGCUCCUGAAUCGUUCUUCAUCUUCAUCCAUCCUGAUGUGGGUGUUGUAAGCUUGCCCAACAACUAUUUGUAGAUAUAAAGAUAAAGCUUGUGUAUAUGAGCAGAAUAUUGAAUUUGAUGUUGAGUGACGACUAGGAUAAAGAAUACUGUCAAAGAAAGAAUACAUGGAUUGGAUGGUGAUACUCUCACUAUUUCUUGCUUCCAUACUUGCCUUUUGUUGAACUAAUACCUGCUUUCAUUGACGCGUGCGGUGCAGUUUUCGAAACAUUGUAAGACACAGCUUGGGUCUUCAAACGGAAAACUAAAGCUCUAUAGCAUCGUCUUCUUCCACCGUUUAGUUAGGGUUCAUUCGCUUUCAAGCCAAAACGACACGAUACAGCAAUAGCAAUUGCAAAAUCGAAGUUCCUUGAAUUGAUUGAUAGCAGAUUUGGGGUAUGGCAAAAGCAAGAGACAGAACCGAAGAUUUUAAAGAUGCUGUGCGCCACAGUGCUCGUUCUUUGGGCUACGACGAGGCUAAGUUGGCAUCAAUUUUGGCUUCUUUCAUUAUUCAUAAACCUCCGCAAAGGUCACCAUUUACCAAAGCUGCAUUGAAGACGCUUGAGAGUAUUGGAGAACUAGAACAGUUUUUGUUGAAGCAUAGAAAGGACUACACGGAUCUACAUCGGACGACUGAACAGGAGAGAGAUAGCAUCGAGCAUGAAGUUAGUGUUUUUAUUAAAACUUGCCAGGAACAAAUUGAUGUUCUUAAGAAUAGUAUAAAUCAAGAAGUAGAAAAUUCGAAAGGUUGGCUUGGCAUUGCAACUGCAAAAGCUAAUGUUGACACCAUUGCCCACAAACAUGGGGUGGUUUUAAUUUUAAGUGAGAGACUCCAUUCAGUGACAGCACAGUUUGAUCAGCUUAGAGCUGUACGCUUCCAGGAUGCUAUUAAUAGAGUAAUACCGCGUAGAAAACUUAACCGUGUGACCAGAAAAGAUUCUGUAGAAACCUCUAAAUCAGAUGAAUUGGAGCUCAAAGAACCUGAUGAAUUGCGCAGGGAGCCUCUAAGGGUCCAACAACUCUUGGAUGAUGAAACACGUGCCCUUCAGGUGGAAUUGUCUAGUCUUCUAGAUACAGUUCAAGAAACUGAAACUAAGAUGGUGGAAAUGUCUGCACUAAAUCACCUCAUGUCUACACAUGUUUUGCAACAAGCUCAGCAAAUUGAGCAUCUGUAUGAGCAGGCUGUUGAAGCUACUAAGAAUGUUGAGCUUGGCAACAAAGAACUAUCACAAGCCAUUAGGCGGAAUAGCAGCAGCAGGACAUUUCUUUUACUCUUUCUCUUUGUGCUUACUUUUUCGAUCAUCUUCCUUGAUUGGUACAGCUAAAUGGUUUGCUUUGCCGCUACUAAGUGUAUCUUCUUAUAGACGUACUCUCUCCCCUCUCUCUUUCCUGUUGCUGUCGAUAUCUACUUCUUUUCCCUCUAGGAAGGCAUCCUUUUUCUAGAUGAGAUAUGUUUAUUCGAGAUGGAAUUUUAGUAAACAAUUUAUAGAGUGACAAAAGGUAAAAUAUCAUGCUUCACGUAUGAAAAUAUCUAUUAUCAUGUAAACCAAACACUUGGCACAUAUAAAUUAUUUCUCUUUAACAAUUAAUAAAUAUGAAAAUAUUUU